UUCUACAUUAAAUGGUCGACCUCAUUCUUAAAAGGGUCGAUCUCUAUUGCAUUACCUUAUCAACAUCGAAAUCAGAAUUAUCUGCCCAAAUAGUAAAAAGGGUCGACCUGUGAUAAGCCGUAAAUUGCACACGUUUUUACCCCUAUUCUGGAGCAGUUUGAGAUAGUAAUUCUCGUGUUUUAGGCCGAUUUCACGCUAGGUUGUGUUUGUUUGUGAUAUUUCCGGUCCUAGCAAGUGAAUGAAGGUUUAGGAGCGGGUUCGGGGUCGAUUGGACGAAGAUCGGGCGCGAGGCAAGUCAAAAAGGAAGUCACACGGGCACACUCACAACUCACACGGCCGUGCAAGUGACCAAUUUGGCCGUGUGGGAUUGUGCGAGCCUUCACACGGCCAGCCCUAGAAGUCACACGGCCGUGUGAAGUUGCAAUUUGGCCGUGUGGAAUUCUGCGAGGCUUCACACGGCCAGGCUGGGUGAGCUACACGGCCGUGUGACCCUGGCCGUGUGGGAAGCCUGAAACCCAAUAACUCGGAACGCGGCGUUUUGACCUCACAUGGGCAACUGGGUAUGCCACACGGACGUGUGAGUCUGCCCGUGUGAGUCGGGAAUUUCAGGUUUUUACCCAAUUUCGGGCUGCAAGUGAGGGGAUCGGAUUUUCAGAGCAAAAACAGAGCCGUAGAGAGAGAAAGUACGAAGAACACAUCCUAGAAGCUAUCUUGGAGCUGGGUUUCAUCAAAUCGAGCUUGGAGAUCGUCAUAGGAGUGGAAAUCAUCAUCCCAGAGCAGAUUUUCCUCAUCUUUAUGAGUAUGACUACUCUGUAUUCUGUUUCCUUCUCUCUCUAUGGAGUAGAAACCUUCUCUCACUUGGGUAUGAAGAACCCUAGUUCUAUGUGUUAGGGAUUUGAUUGUAAUGACUUGGGAUGAUAUUACUGCUUGGUUUUAAUCGAAUGAUGCAUGUUUAUUGAGUCAAUUGAAGUCUUAUAAGCUUUUCCUGAUUUCUGCUGCAACCUGAGAUAGAUAGAAUCUGAUUAGGUUGUUAGAGCAUCAUCAUUCGGUAGUAGGAGGUUGGCUAUACGAGAGUUAGCCAGUUUACUGCUUUGUACUGGAAUCAAAUUCCAGUAGUGGAGUUCUGUGCUUAUUGCUUCAGCUUUCUAUCUCGGUGAAGACUAGUCGUCUGCCGGGUAGUUAGACUGGAGGGCUUGGUCAGCUUAAGAGAUUCCAAGCUACUGUCGGAUCUUCCGCAGUCUAAUCAACAGUAAAUCAACCCAGGGAAAUUACAAUUGAAACCUAACUAAGGAGCUAGGGGGACUCAUUCCCGAGUGACUCUUCUUUGCUUGAGAAAAUCGUACCAAUUCCUGCUUUUUUCUGCUUUUGCUUAAAACAACAAACACUUAACUUAGUUGGCUAGAUAAUAGAUACUCACGGAGUAAGCAGUAUAUCUAGACCCCGGGUUGAUAAUAGAACUUGCCAUUUUACUGCAUUCCCGGACUGCGAUUACACUUGGUCGCAGUUUGGUGUUGUGUUUUAGCGUGUCAAGUUUUUGGCGCCGUUGCCGGGGACCCUCUAGGUUAUUGGGGAAACGUGCAAAUCUGUUACUCUAGCUUUUUCUUUACUACAUUUUCUCUCUUCCACCUGUGUGCCUUCACGGGUUGCUUCUGCUGAUUGUGUGCAGGUAGUGCAUGACCCGUAGCCAGUCGGGAGAUCUACUACCACUAGACCAGGAGCUUGAACGGACCUGCAGAAACUUCAAGCGGGCUCUAAAAGCGCGACUGGCUGCGGAGGAAGAGCUAGCACAGCUGCAGAUCGAAGAAGAGGAAGAGAUGGGGGAUCCACAAGACCAUGAUGUGGUCCUUCCCGAGGAGCAGACCAUGGGACAUUACUGGACCGCCAGGGCUGCAGACAUGAGGUCACCCAUUCAACACCCUCAUGUCCCAGCCAAUAAUUUUGAGGUGAGCACCUCAGUAAUCACCAUGCUGCGCGGUUCAGUGGUGUUCCGAGGCAAAGAGGAGGAGUGCCCUCGUUCGCAUCUCAGGCGAUUCCACGAGCUCAUCGAUGGAAUCAAGAUCAAUGGGGUCCCAGCAGAUGCCAUCCAGCUGAGGUACUUCACAUUCACCCUGGAGGGGCAGGCCAAGGAGUGGCUAGACACUCGACCUCCGGGCUCUAUCACCACGUUCGCCACCCUGGCGGACAAGUUCCUCACCCGCUACCAUCCUCCAUCCAAGACGGCGGACCUGCAGAAGCAAAUUACCCAUUUUGCUCAGGACGAGGAUGAGACCAUCAGGGAUGCUUGGGAGAGAUACAACAGUCUCUUCCUGAGGUAUCCCAAUCAUGGUUUCAAUGAUGCUUUCAAGGUGGGAACCUUCUAUCACGCCCUCUUCCUAGAAGACAAGUAGCUGAUUGACUCAGUUUGUGGCGGGAACAUGCUGACCAAAACACCGCCACAGAUGAAUCAACUCUUUGAGGAGAUGGCAGAGAACGGGUAUGAUUGGGGCACUGUUAGGAGGUCGAGGAGAGCACCAAGCCGAGGUGUACAUUCCGUGGGAAACCAUUCCUCUGAUUUGGUGUUGUGUUUUAGCGUGUCAACCUGUCAAGUAUGUGGUCGACCGCUUACACAACAUAUCAUUAUUGGAUAAGGAUUCCAACACUAUAAAGGUAUUAAUAGUAA